AUGACUACACUACGGAGCACAGAGUGGCACAGCUUACAAGUCUCACUCUUCAUCCUCUUCCUAGCCAUGUACCUCCUCUCCUUCACUGGCAACAUCACUAUAAUCAUCACCCUCAGGAUGGACAGCCGCCUCCACACUCCCAUGUACCUCUUCCUGGGGAAUCUGUCUUUCCUGGACAUGGGAUAUACCUCAACCACAGUCCUCAUGCUACUGUCCAUCCUGCUCACAGAGAUGAAAACUAUUCCCUUGGCUGGCUGCUUGCUGCAAUCUUACGUCUUCUUCUUCCUUGGCACGGCUGAAUGCUUCCUCUUUGCAGCGAUGGCCUAUGACAGAUACGUAGCCAUAUGUUACCCUCUCAGGUACUCAACCAUCAUGAGCAAAAGAGUGUGCAUGUUGCUGAUUAUUGGUUCCUGGAUCGUUGGGUGUCUGACACCAUUGGUGGCUGCCUUUUUGGUGAUCAGUUUACCAUUUUGCGGCGCCAAAGUGGUCAACCAUUUCACCUCCCACCUGACUGUAGUCUCUCUGUACUACGGGACUGUGAUUUUCAUGUAUAUGAGCCCAACGGCCCAAUCCUCCUUUAACAUGAACAAAAUUGUAGCUGUUGUGUAUAGUGUAAUCAAUCCCAUAUUGAACCAAAUGAUCUAUAGUCUAAGGAAUCAGGACAUGAAAAUAUUGAGGAAAAUAUUCUUCAAAAGAUGA